AUGGAGUUUAAAAUACUGAUUACAGCAUUUGGAAUACUAAUGAGGAGGAACCACCCAUCUAUCAAUGAAACAAGAGCUGUCAAAAUCAAGGAACUUAGAUGCCCCACCAUCAUGGAACACCAACUGGCAGAAGCCUAUGACAAUAAAAUGGAGUGUCUACUCCUACUCCUCAACUUCACAUAA